AUGGAGCAGUCAACUAGUUCGAAGGAGCUCGCCUCCGACCCGACCAUCCAAUUGCUAUCCGCCAUGACAUCAAUGCGUGUGGACAGUGGUGGAGCACCAGGACCACCAGCAGCUUCUGUCACUUCUUCCCUUGCUCGCUCGGGAGUCCAAUUCAGUUGUCCACGUCGUCCGAAUCAUGGAGUCGAAGGACGCGCCAUCCUCCUUCGUGCCAACCACUUCUCCGUUCGGAUUCCAGGUGGAACCAUCCAGCACUACAAUGUCGAUGUGAUGCCUGAUAAGUGUCCGCGACGUGUCAAUCGCGAAAUCAUCGGAUGUCUCAUCUCAUCCUUCACUCGCUACUUCACCAACGUCCGCCCUGUGUACGACGGGAAGAACAGUAUGUACACCCGCGAUCUUCUACCAUUCGGAAGAGAUCGCAUGGAUUUCGACGUGACGCUGCCAGGAGAAUCCGCGGUGGAACGUCAAUUCCAAGUCUCCCUAAAAUGGGCUGGAGAAAUCUCGUUGACAAGUUUGGAAGACGCGAUGGAGGGACGUAUCAACCAGGUUCCAUACGAGACUGUCAAAGCGGUUGAUGUGAUUUUGAGACACUUGCCGUCACUCAAGUACUCACCGGUUGGAAGAUCUUUCUUCUCGCCACCAGCUGGAUAUGAAACUGGACAAAGUUAUCCGGAGAGCAAGCUCGGUGGAGGACGUGAAGUAUGGUUUGGAUUCCAUCAAUCGAUUCGUCCAUCUCAAUGGAAAAUGAUGUUGAAUAUCGAUGUCUCUGCCACCGCAUUCUAUCGUGCCAUGCCAGUCAUUGAAUUCCUCGCCGAAGUCCUGGAGCUUCCAAUUCAAGCUCUUGCCGAGCGUCGUGUGCUCUCUGACUCUCAACGAGUCAAGUUUACAAAAGAGAUCCGGGGUCUCAAGAUUGAGAUAAAUCACUGUGGAACGAUGCGACGAAAGUAUCGAGUGUGCAAUGUGACGAGACGUCCCGCCCAGACGCAGACGUUCCCGUUGACACUGGAGAAUGGGUCGUCGAUUGAGAAGACUGUGUUGAAGUACUUCCAGGAUAAAUAUGGAUUGACAUUGAAGUAUCCACAUUUGCCAUGUCUUCAGGUCGGUCAAGAGGCAAAGCACACGUAUCUCCCCAUCGAAGUCUGCUGCGUCGUCUCCGGCCAACGUUGCAUCAAGAAGCUCACCGAUUCCCAGACGUCCACAAUGAUCAAGGCGACCGCCCGUACCGCUCCAGAACGUGAGCGUGACAUUGCGAAUCUCGUCCGUAAAGCCGAGUUCUCUGCCGACCCAUUCGCUCAUGAAUUUGGAAUAACCAUCAAUCCAGCGAUGACUGAAGUCAAGGGGCGUGUCCUCAUGGCACCGAAACUAUUGUACGGAGGUCGUCAGAACUCGACAGCCGUGCCGAAUCAAGGAGUCUGGGAUCUGCGAGGAAAACAGUUCCACACUGGAAUAGAAGUUCGCGUAUGGGCGAUCGUCUGCUUCGCCGAUCAGAAUCAUGUGAAGGAGAACGAUUUGAGAGCAUUCACUCAACACCUUCAACGUAUUUCUCAUGACGCUGGAAUGCCAAUCAUUGGAAAUCCAUGUUUCUGCAAAUAUGCUGUCGGAGUGGAACAAGUCGAGCCGAUGUUCAAGUAUUUGAAGCAGAACUAUCCAGAGCUUCAGUUGGUCGUCAUUGUUCUUCCAGGAAAGACGCCUGUUUAUGCUGAAAUCAAGCGUGUUGGAGACACCGUCCUCGGAAUCGCCACUCAAUGCAUCCAAGCCAAAAACGUGACUCGAACAACGCCACAAACGCUCUCGAACAUUUGCAUGAAGAUGAACAUGAAACUGGGCGGAGUCAACUGUGUUCUGUACCCCAACGUCCGCCCGAAGAUAUUCAGCGAAUCGGUCAUCUUCCUCGGCUGUGACAUCACUCAUCCACCAGCCGGUGACUCGCGGAAACCAUCGGUCGCCGCAGUGGUCGGAUCCAUGGAUGCUCAUCCGUCGAAAUACGCGGCGACUGUGAGAGUUCAGCCAAAUCGACAGGAAAUUAUCUCGGAGAUGUCGGCGAUGGUCAAGGAGUUGCUCCAACAGUUUUAUAUUAACACUCGCUUCAAGCCCGCGAGAAUUGUGGUGUACCGAGAUGGUGUCUCGGAGGGACAGUUUUUCAACGUCUUGCAGUAUGAGCUUCGUGCGAUUCGAGAGGCCUGUAUGAUGCUGGAAACCGGAUAUCAACCUGGAAUCACCUUCAUCGCUGUGCAGAAGAGACAUCACACACGGUUGUUCUCUGUGGAUAAGAACGAUCGAGUGGGGAAGGCGUUCAAUAUCCCUCCUGGAACAAUUGUCGAUGUUGGAAUCACCCACCCGACCGAAUUCGACUUCUACCUUUGUUCACACGCUGGAAUCCAAGGAACAUCCCGCCCGUCGCACUAUCAUGUGCUUUGGGAUGAUAACGAUAUGUCGGCUGAUCAGUUGCAACAGUUGACCUAUCAAAUGUGCCAUACCUAUGCUCGGUGCACACGGUCGGUGUCGAUACCGGCGCCAGCGUACUACGCGCAUUUGGUGGCGAUGCGUGCGAGAUUCCACUUGGUGGAUAGGGAUCAUGAGUCGGGAGAGGGGUCGCAACCGUCUGGAACAUCGGAUGACUCGACAUUCUCGAGCAUGGCUAGAGCAGUUCAGGUCCACCCGAAGGCCAACAAAGUGAUGUACUUUGCUUAG